AUGGGGAUUCAGGGCUUGCUUCCAUUACUCAAAUCCAUCCAUAAACCAUGCAACCUGAAGAAGUUCGAAGGCAAAACUCUCGGUGUUGAUGCAUAUGGUUGGCUGCACCGGGGAACUGUAGCCUGUGCUAUGGAACUUGCAAAAGGCCAACCAACAAGAAAAUUCGUCGAUUUUGCAAUGCACCGGGUGCGCAUGCUGCAGCAUUUUGGAGUUACACCAUUUUUAAUAUUUGACGGAGACUACCUCCCUAGCAAGGCAGCAACAGAAUUGGAUCGAGAAAAGAGAAGGGAGGAAAGCAAAAGGAAAGGACAGGAGCUUUUGAACGCAGGCAAGCCAUCACAAGCAUAUCUCGAAUUCCAAAAAGCGGUUGAUGUGACCCCCGAAAUGGCCCGCCAAUUGAUCGACGAAUUAAAGGAUAAUGGAAUACAGUAUAUCGUAGCUCCGUACGAAGCGGAUUCCCAGAUGGUAUAUCUAGAGAGGAAAGGCAUUAUUCAUGGCAUACUUUCUGAGGAUUCCGAUCUCUUGGUCUUUGGCGCAAAAUGUCUCUUGACGAAGCUGGACCAGUACGGAAAUUGCAUUGAGAUUAACAAAGCGGACUUUUGCGCCUGCAAAGAAAUUACUCUCACCGGUUGGUCUGACAAGGAGUUCCGCCAAAUGGCAAUAUUGAGCGGUUGCGACUAUCUCGCUAGCAUCAGCAACAUGGGGCUCAAGACAGCUUACCGCAUGGUUCGAAAACAUAAGACGAUAGAAAAAGUAAUCCGCAUGCUCCAAUUCGACGGUAAAUUCCAUGUACCGAAAGGUUAUUUGGAAAAUUUUUACCAAGCCGAAUUGACUUUCCUCCACCAACGUGUCUACUGUCCGGAAAGUCAAUCUCUGGUACUUCACACACAACCUCAGGUUCCAAUUGAGGAAGACAAGAUGCCUUUCAUUGGAAGUUAUGUAGAGCCAGAGAUCGCCCAAGGUGUUGCCAGAGGAGAUCUGAACCCAAUGACCAAGCAGCCAAUUGUGGUUCAGGUUGUGACGAGGAGGAAAAUGGUCAAUUCGACACCUCUUUCUUCUCGCCCACAACACUUGAGAUCGGCGUUGUCAAGUGAUAUCAAGAAGGGGAAAUCAAUUCAAGCAUUCUUCGCGCCAAAACGCAUUCCUCUUGGAGAACUUGACAUCAACUGCUUCACGCCAUCCCCAAGCCAACAAGACGCUCUUCGACGCAACUCUGGUCCUUGGAUGUCAAGCCCAGUUCCUCGACCUUAUCUCCAUCGUUCAACUACCGAUGUUGAAUCCAUCCCUCAGUCUGCACCUCAGCCUCGCAAUUCAAUAGGUCGCCAGACUCGAGCACCGACCAUCUCCGAACCUCGGCCAUCAAAACGUGUUCGCCUUUGUGCUGAGGAGGAUGCAGGUACCCCAACCAGUAACAUUGAGUUGGGUUCAAGUCGAUUCUUCACAGCGCCAGCCCCUGAACCCAGUCCCACUGUUCGCCGAAAUGCAAGGACUAAGCGAGCGGCAAAAGAAGAUGUGACAAUAUUCUCGGAUGAUUCUGUUGAAGAAGCGAUGCUCAGUCUCCCAGAUGCCGAUGGGUUUGGCUCGCAAGGGUCUAGAAGCAAGAUGCAAAUCUUCAGCGAGGAAUCGACAACCUCCCAAGACUCGAAUGGACAGAGCACCUUCGCCGAGGAGACCUCUGAAUCUCAAGAAACGGCUCCAAGUCUGACUGCCUCGGCAUCUUUCACCAGUAUAGACGAACAACCACCAACGCCACCAAAAACCACUUCAGCACCAGCUCCUAUCAGGAAGUUGAAAGAGAGGUUUAAUUUUGCGGCGACUCCCAAAUCUAACACCAACGUCCACGGCCUACCUACACCAGCAUCAUCAGCUUCAAAGCGCCCCUCGAUGAUUCCUAUCGCCGUCAAACCUAACGUUCCAGGCGCAAAACCAUCACCAUUCUCCACAAACGCCAAACUGACACCCCUCCAACGUCUGGGAGCCUCCGUCAUGAAUAGACCCAACAAGUCCCCCAUGACACCUCCACAAACGCCCCUCUUCAUCACCAAACCGCCACCACGCCGCAGCUCAAUUCUCUCAAAAAACAGUGUUCCAUUUCCUGAAGUCGCAAGGGACCAAGAGAACACAAACGCCACCCUCGAACCAGCAGCAACCCCGCUGCCAGUCUCCGAUAAAUUCGAGGAUAAAGCUUUGACAGGCAGCGAAGACCUGAUCAUCCAUGACAGCGAGGACGAUGAGGCUCUGUCCCCUGUUGCUCCGCGUUUGGACCUUGGAAAAUUCGUUUUUUCGCAA